UAAACUUCUUAAAAAGCCUCUUGCGUGUCUACCGCAUGGCCAAAAUAAUUGUUUUGUAAUUUUUUUUUAUUUAUAUCCCAGGAUUAUUUAUCCUGCGGUCAAUUUUAUACAAGAUUUAUGAUCACAUUGUGUAGAGUGAGAAAAAAACAGUGAAAAUAUCGUGCAAGUAAAAAGUUUUAACUGUUAUUAUCAAAUAUUCGUAUGAAAAAAUGGAGAAAACGAAGUUAGGUGUUCUUGAUUCUUUUCCAAAACUCAUUAAAGGAUCCGAUAAGGAGAGAAUUGCUGGCGGUGUUGAACUAGUCAAAUAUCUUUCAGAACAAAAUUGGAAUGAUGAUACGUCUGAAGAAUUAAAUUUAACAUUAAAACGAUUGAUCCGUGGUACUGGAUCUUCUAAUAUAACGUCAAGAAAAAGUUUCUAUAUAACUUUAACUGGGUACUUGACUACAAAUCCAGAGACACCAGUCGAAAAAAUUUUAGAAAUUAUGGAAAAUGUUUUACAACCCGUUAACAAUAAACUUAAAAGUGAAGUUGGAGAAGUUUACACUGGUCGAAUAUUAACAUGCGGAUCAUUAGUGCGUUCAAAAAUUCUUCAAAAAUGUACAGCAGAAGAACAAGUAAAAGUUUUGGAACUUUUAAUUGCUGCUAGUAAAAAACGCAGUUAUCUCUCUUUUGUUGCAUAUUCAUUUAUUAUUGAUUUUUUAAAUCAAAUCGAUGAGACAUUAUUUGUCAAUAAUGUUUGGCCUUUACUUCAACAAGAAUUAAUUAAACCAUUGUUAGAACAAAAUUUGGAAACUUUACAUACAUUAUUGAUUAUUCAGGAGAAAUUUCCAUCAGUCGUAAAGAAGAUUUACAAAAAAACUUUUGGAUCUGAAAAUAUUAUUAAUGUCGAAUCCAUGGAAAGUAUUACGAAAAUCUUAACUGAAAUACCUCGAAUCGUGUGUUAUCGACAUCCAAUUUAUAAAUUAUUUAUUGAAAAAUUGUCAACAACUGAAUAUGUUGAAUUAUUUUGGACAGCGAUAGAUAAACGUUUUUUGAAACCAUCAAAAACUGACGAAUAUCUUGCAACUGAAUUACUACGACUUUUACUUGAAAAUGUAAAAGACAAAUCAUUAAUUCCUGAAUUACUCUCGGAAAAAUAUCUUCAAUUUAUGUUGCGAAAAUGUAAUUUUAACAAAAGAAAUAAGAAGGAUGAAGUUACAAUUGCUUUUAAAAAUAUUCUAUCAUCAUUAACGACAAUUUUAUCCGAGAAUGCUGAUAAUAAAAUUAAAAUUAAUACUUUAUUGAGAUUAAUUCAAUAUCCAGGUGAUUUAAUGAUUGAAAAAAUGACUGGCUUGAAAAUUAUUCAAUUAUUUACGGCUACAUUAGAUGGCGAUGGUGUGAAAAAAUUGGCAAAAAUUUACAAAGAAAUAAUAGACAAUUCAAAAAUAAAAGAGAGUAAUAAUAGUGAAACUGCACAAACUUGGACGAAUGUCGAGAGAAUUUAUGCAGUUCAACUUUUGACAAAAUUAUUAAGUCACACGGAAAUGACAUCAAAUCAAACUUGGAGAUUGAAACAACUUAAAUAUUUGUUUAAACUUGGUCUUUGUGAAUCUGAGAAUGUUGGAGUUGAUUUAGCAAAUAAAAUUAAAGUCAGUUUCUAUCGUGCACUAGACAAUAAAUUGCCAAAAUUAAAUGAUUUGAGAUCAAUUUUAAGUAAUAUGGUUUCAUAUUUAAAUGAAGAAUUAUUUGUCAAAAAUAAUGAUUUAAAAUUAAGAAUACCUCUUGAAGAAACGGGUAUAGAGGCAUGGCAAAAAAUGAUGAAUGUUGUUAAAAAAUCGGAGGAUGAUAAUGAUAAAUUUGCCGCAUUUUUUCAUACAAUGGAUUUACAUAUGGGUUUACAAUUAUUUACCGAUCCAGAAAUGGCAAUUUCAUCAAUUGAUGAAUUACACAAUUGUUUUGAGAGAUUGAAAAAGAAGAAGAAAUCGCGUAAAUCAAAAGGGACAAGCGACACUGAUGAACCCGAAUGGACCGAAGUUGUUGUCGAUCUUUUAUUAUCACUUUUAUCACGAAAUGAACAUUUACUUCGCACUGUUGUUGGCUGUGUUUUUCCACAUAUUUGCCCUCAUCUCACCAGCGUUUCGUUACAUCAAAUCUUGGCGGUAUUAGAUAUAAAGAAUACGAAGGGACCUUUAAGCGCAAAAGGAAUUGAGGAUGAUUCUUCAGAUUCUGAGAUGGAAUCAGAAAAUGAAGAAAAUGAUAGUGAACAACUGAAAAUAGAAAAUUUAGGUAAAAAUGGUGUUAAAAAAGGCGAAGAAAAUAACGAUGAAGAUUCGGGAAAUAAUUCCGAAGAAGAAGAAGAAAAAGGAGAUAAAAUUGAUAGCGAUGAGGAUGAUAGUGACGACGAUGACAAUCCUGAUGAUGACGAUGAGGAUGAAACUGUAACAGAUCGAUUACGAUUGGCAGUGAGUCAAGCUCUUGGUGAUGCGGCCGCUCAAACCGAUGACGAAAUUGACGUUGAUAAAAUUGAUGAAGAAGAAGGAAAACGUCUUGAUGCAUCAUUGGCGGCGGCUUUUAAAAUACUUCGUGAAAGUCGUAAAACACAAAUGAAAAAACAAUCAAAAUCAGCUGAGACUUUAACGCAUUUUCGUAUUCGUGUUAUUGAUUUACUUGAAUGUUAUUUGGAUUCUUGUCCAUCGAUGGCAUUGGCUCUUGAUAUGAUUGUUCCAUUAUUUAUGUUACUUGAAUAUUGUAUCAAGGAACCACAUCAAAAACCACUUGAAAAUAAAGUGAAAGGUUGUUUAAAAAAAUUGGCAAAUUUAAAAAAAUUCAAAGAUACCGAUAAUGUGGACAAUGAAUUGUUGACGACAUUAAUGAGAAUAUUAAUUGAAAAAGGUGAACGAUCAGCGUCUAUUUGUCAAGAAAUGGGCGAACAAUUGGCAAAAUGUUGUAUAUUAUUGGUAAGAUGUUCACAACAGGCAAAUUUACCAAUGGACGAUUUGGCAAAAAUUUAUGUUGAGAAUUUAACAGCAUUCUUCAAGAAAAGAGAUUGUAUUCUUUCAAUUUUCUUUUUUAAAAAUAUAUUACAAUUAUGCUGGGAGGGCAACUGGAUGCUUGUUCCACUUUUGGUGGAAUUUGCUUUCGACAAUGAGAUUCGAUCGUUUAGAAGGAGUCAGGCUUUGGAACUUUUGUUAGUUUUCUAUCGGAAUGCAAGAAUAUUGCAGAACGACGACCAUAAAGAGAGGCGAAUGAAACUUGAGAAAAAAUUGUCUAAAAAGAGUGUAAAACUAUUAAAGGAGAAUGUUGCGCAAAAUCAAAUUCGUGAGGAAAAUUCACGAGAUGAACAACAAGUGAUUGGAAAGGAAAUUAAGCAAAAAUUUGUUGUCAAUUUAUUUACAUUGUUGCACGCAGUUCGUUCUCAUCAUUUACCGGAAGCGUGGGAUUGGAAAUUGAUAGCAGAAACUAUGGGAGAAUACAGAUUAAAUGUAUCGCUCACGAAAGAUGUUAAAUCUUGUUACAAUAAAUUGGCAUCACAAAUUGGAGCUCCCACAGUGUCAUCGGCGAAGAAAAAGGAAACAAAACCAGAGCCGGUGAAUGGAGUAAAAUUGCAAAAUGGCAAACAUGAGGAUUCAAUUGUUGAACAUAAUUCUGAUGAUGAUAAAGAUGAGGAAUUGGCGAAUUCAAAGAAGAAGAAAAAGAAGAAUCAAAAAGCAAAACAAAAAUUGAAAAAGGAAGCUCGUAAAUUACGAGCUGAAGUAAUGGGCGAAGGUUUAGAUGUUAAUUUUAGUUCAGUUGUUUUAUCAAAUGGUAAACAUGAAGAAAUGGACAUUGAAAAUGAAACGGAGGAAGUGAAUGAAAAAAGUUUAAAACAUAAAAAAAGUAUGCACGAUUUACCUAAUCGUCCAAAUAAGAAAAGGAAAAUAAAUACAAAGGACACUUAGAAUUUAUUGAAAUUACGUAAACAAAACUAUAUAUAGUUAUUUUUUUAUAUUCAAUUAUCUUCAAUCGUUUGUACAUAAUAAGAAUAAAAUAUGAAUUUACUUCAAA